CGAGCGAGCGUCAAGCGCGACGAACCACUAGGCAGCGGAAACGCACGCGUGGAAGCAUGGGCGGCGGGGAGAGCGCGCUUGGGUGAGUGACGGCUCAGUCGUCCAGUAGGCGCAAUGAUAGCGACGGGCGGUCUCCUGCGGAUCUCCCGGCGCCAGGAUUCGCUGCGCGCCAAGAGCCGGGCGGAGAACAAGCGGCGGAGGAAAGUGAAAAAGAAGAGGAAGAUAGACGUGGUGGUGGUGAAGGGGAAGCUGGAGCUGAUCUCUGCCUCGGGCCUGGCAGCGGCGGCCGGCAUCGCGAUCUUAAUGCUGGGUGUAGCCAUGGCCAUCUUGGGCUACUGGCCCAGAGAGACCUCGGCCUUUGCGCAGGUCUCGCCGAGGGAGAGAAAAGGCGUCCCUCAGGUGGCUUCUAACCUCACGAGCAGCGCCAAGCCAUGGGCGCAGGCGUGGCGGAACGUCAGCAGGCCGGCAGGCAACGGCACCGAGCUCGCUCCCCACCCGCCCGGCUUCCUCCGAAGGCUGUUCUCCGGCUACCUGCACUCGGACAACCUGAAGGUGUCCGGGCCGCUGGUCAUGGGCAUCGGCAUCUUCCUCUUCAUCUGCGCCAACGCCGUGCUCCACGAGAACCGCGACAAGACGACGAAGGUCAUUAACCUGAGGGACAUUUACUCUACGGUCAUCGACAUCCACAACCUGCGCUCCAAGGACGGCCCGCCCGUCAACGGGCUGCUCGGCCACGCCCACCCGGGGGGCAGAGACCUCAUGCCCAUGUCCUACGGCACGCCCGUGCCUUCCCGGGGCUCCUGGCCCUCCACGGGCCCGUGUAAGGACGUGGAGUACCGGAGAGCAUUGUGCGCUCACGAGGGCAGCUGGUCCAGGGAGGGGCAGUCAUUUACUGAGACGGUGUAUAGCAUUUACAGAGACCAGGCCAGCACGCGGGAGCCCGCACCCGCUCCCAAGGAGUGGGAGACGCGCUCCAUCGUCGCCUCGUCGGUCAACGCUUUCACUCUGCCCGUGAUUAAGCUGAACAACCGCGAAAUGGAGGCGAGAGAGGAGCAAGAAAGGGGAGCCCGGGCGGAGGGCGGCCCCUGCGGCGUGGGAAAGGGACUGCAGUCGCAGCAUCCGGGAUCCACGGAGCUCUCUUCCAUUCAGACCAAAGCCGAGGUGCUGAGGGUGGGCUCAUCGGUAUCCCACGAUCCCGGGCUGUCGGGGGAGGGGCGGACGGUGUCCCAGGUGCGCAGGCAGCAGCUGCUGCUGCCCAGCCCAGAGCUCAAAAUCCUGGGGUCCCAUCUGUCCUUGAACGCCCUGUCCGACCUGGGCCCCGGACGGCACGAGGAGCGAUCGCGGAGGUUCAGCUGCCCAAGGCUGGACCGUUCCGGCAGCAAAGGUUACAUCAAACUGGCCGAACUGGGAGGAGACUCCUUUGAUGCCUCGGACGUGGCGCCGGAAUCGGGAGCAGGGGGACCAAGAGAGGCGGGAGCACUUCGGGACGGGCAGGACACAAGCUCGUCUGUGCUGUCCCAUAACACAAGCGCUGCACUGUCCAACUCUCACAUGUCUGACGUAGAUGUAGACCCAAAGGCAAAGCUCUGAACAGGGGGCCACACCUGUCUCACACUAUGGAAACAAGAUAGCAGCCCGUAACUGUUUGGGUUUAGAAAGGUGUUUUCGUGUGUUAUCAGGGUGUGUAAAAUAUUGUGAUCCUGUAGCAUACCCAUGUCAAAGUUUUGAUAACAUUUGUAUAGAACUCAGUGCUCAUGUAAGUGUAUUUGAAUAAGGCGUGUAAAAUACAGACCUACAGUCUGUCAUUUGAAGUGAUUGUCACUUAUUUUUGUUUAUUGUGGCAAUAUCUAAAGUCCAGGAGUAGAAAUGAGCUGUUCUUGUGACUUUCUGUGAUCCGUUACGCGCUGUUCUGUCUCACACUAAAGUCAUGUUACAUGUCGAGUCAUUUACAGUGUAAUAAUUAAUGAACAGUUUCGAGUCGGUGGGGUUUUUGAUGUGCUUUACAGAGACAUCGCCAUCUCUUAUCACGACCAACAUUCAACCUUGCAAUUUGAAUGAAAUAUCUCUUUGCGGUAGAUAGUAAAAUGUCGAAAUGAAACGCCCUAUUGUUUUUCCUGUUGAUGGCUACUAGAAUAUAAUUAUGCAACCUCAUGUAUUUUUUUAUAUAUCUGCUUCCUGAAUAUUGUUGUAUAACUGAACAGCAAUAACUGCUAUAGCUGAAUUCUCAGGUGUCACCCUGGCUUUGCGAACAGUGAAGAACAUUAAUGAAACAUUCGGCUUUUUUCUUACCAACAACGUUGUGUUCUGUUUAGGCUUGGUAAGCGUACGCUUAUGACAACUUCAUACACGACAAGAGGUAAAACAGUGAAAUAAAGAGCUGACAAAGAGCCACUUGGGAUGAUUCAUUUCAGUGUAACGGUUCUUUCUUGGCCAGACGGAUGUCCGAGCC